AUGUCGAUGAGGACGCUUGCCUCCAUCCGCUCCGUCUCAAAACACGCACAUGCUCUGAAGGUAAAACACCGGAGGUACUCCGAUAAUGCAGGCGUGAAGCCGUACUACGUUACGACCCCCAUAUUCUACCCUAAUGCUGCACCACAUAUUGGACACCUGCACUCCUUGGUCGUCGCAGACAUCUUCGCGCGUCAUGCCAAACUCGUAGAUCCUGGGCGGCCGGUUCGCUUCGUAACCGGUACAGACGAGCAUGGAUUAAAAUUACAGAACGCUGCAAAGGCGAAGGGAAUGGAGCCACUAGCAUUCUGUGAUCAGCUGAGCGAACACUUUCGCAACCUCACCCAGAAAGCAAACGCAACGAAUACCCGCUUCCUCCGAACAACUGAACGCCAACAUGCUGAGGCCGUCUCGCAUCUAUGGAACGAACUGGAAGCUCGUGGGCUGAUCUACAAAGGCCAGCACGCGGGUUGGUACUCCGUCUCGGACGAAACCUUCUACCCGCCUGGUCAGGUUGAGGCACGAAAUCAAGAUGGCGAGGAGUACUAUAUCUCCACCACCUCGGGAUCCCGGGUCGAAUGGCAGGAAGAGGAGAACUACAAGUUCCGCCUCUCUGCCUUCCAGUCUGCGCUCAUCGAGCACUAUACUGCACAUCCCGGGGCAGUCCAGCCGCCACAGUUUCAUGCUGAUGUGAUAAAAGCGCUGCAGGAACCACUCGAGGACCUGUCAAUUUCGCGCCUGCGAUCACGACUGUCCUGGGGCAUUCCUGUGCCCAACGAUCCGAAACACACGAUAUACGUGUGGAUCGACGCACUCACGUGCUACCUCUCCGCCGUGGAAUACCCCUGGAGCGCGACUGGUGGGAAAGGAUACAGCGUAGGCUGGCCACCAGAUUUGCAAGUCAUUGGCAAAGACAUACUCCGUUUCCACGCCAUCUAUUUCCCUGCGAUGCUCAAAGCGCUCAACCUGCCGCUUUCACGCACGCUCCUCACACAUUCUCACUGGACAGUCGAACGCACGAAGAUGUCCAAAUCUCUCGGCAAUGUUGCAGACCCCAUCAAGGCAAUCGACGAGAUCGGCCUCGACAUCGUGCGGUUCUACCUCGCGCGCGUCGGGGGCCGCUUUAAGGACGACGUGGACUGGUCCGAAGAGCAGCUUCACAAGCAUAGCAGGGAGAUUACCUCCCUUCUCGGCAACUUGUACAUGCGAGCGGCCUCCGCCAAGAUCACGAAGCGUGUCUCCGGCAUCCCCAAGCCCACAGUGACCGCGAUAUCCGAGUCCACGGCGUUCACGCCUCUCAUUGCAGCCCUCAAAGGGCUCGCGCCGACGUACGAGGCGAACAUGCGCAGCUUCCAGCUCGCAGACGCGGUCGAUACGGUCAUUCUGGCUCUUCAGGAGGCGAAUCUCCUCAUGACGCAGGCCGCGCCGUGGUCGCCAGAGACGUCCCCGGCGGUCGCAGCAGACGUACAGGCGCUCAUGUUCGAGGCCCUCCGUAUAUGCGGCAUCCUCCUGCGGCCGAUUAUGCCUGGCAAGGCGGACUUCCUCCUCGAUUCACUCGAUGUGCCCCCUGCCGAGCGCACGCUUGCAGAUGCGGAUUUCGGAAAGCGUAGCGUCGGGUCAGUGCGCUCAGGGGUGCGUCUGUUCGACGUGGAGAGAAAGCCGUAGAAGGGUGCCGGGCGGUAAGUGUAAUUACAUCUGGCGACUUGCCGUGCGUCCUUGGGCAUGUUAGCACAGUAUCCCCAUAGGGCUGCGUGCAUGAAUUCACACCAUUCAGACU